CAGGGGCAACACAAAAUAACAAACAGAUGAAAAUUCACAAUCCUGCCUUACACACAUUUACUUUUCUAAGAAUUUGAUUAAAUAAUAAAUUGAAGUUCUGUUAGUUACCAUGCCGCGUCACAAGACCUUGGUGGACAUUGGCCAGCGCGUAAUGAAGCGCCUCCAGCUGCUGAAGCUGGAGGUAGAGGAGGACUUUAUAGUCUAUGUGAUUCACUUGCUGGCUCGCGACUCCCGACGAGGUCUGUUGAAGACCGACCUGAACAAGCCAACGGCAUGUGCCCUCAACUCUUUCGUGGACAUGGUAGUGGACACCUAUGUGAGUCCCACGGACUGCACCAUGAUCAAUGCAAAGAUGGCCUGGGUGAUGAAGAAGGGCCUGACCAUUGACUUGCAGUACGUUAAGAACCAGUAUGAGGAAAAGUUCCACCAGGAACUGGAAUUACUUAUCAAGGACAUUCUCCAGUACCCGGAGACCUGUAGCAAGAUCCAGUUGGAUCAGCUAUUUGCCAAGAUGCAGGUCUUUAUUGUGGCCUGCUAUCACCUCGGCAGCCCCAAGAACCAUGUGCUGCUCAAGCUGACGGCCCAGGCUUUGAAUAGCGUGAUCGGGCGCAGUGACCUGCAGAACUAUGUGCUCAAGAAGAAGUACCAUCGACUGGAGUAUCUGCAGCGUCUGGCGGCCACCGUGGGCGGAAUUGUAAUCUACAACAACGACGGCCCCGAUGGGGAUCGAGACAAUGUGAGGAGUGUUGUAAACGAUUUGGAAAUGGCGCAGAAGAACACGGAAACCGCUUUUGCGGCCAGCAUGGAAAAGGCUAAUGGAGUGCGAAACAUCUGCCAGGCGCUGCUGGAGGAACUAGUUACAAUCGAUUCCAUGGCAGAGACAAUUAGCUAUAAAGUACCACUGGAGCACAUGGACCGGCUCAACCAGUUCUCCCUGACCUAUUGCAUGCUGCACCGAUGCCUCACAACCCUAAACUCGAACUACCAGACUACUGCCUACUUGAUCGAGGUGGAGCUCAAGCGAUACAAUUGCGUAGUGGCCAAGAUCAAUGAGACCCUUUCCAUGCGCACCGCAAUCGAGUCGGAGCUGAUCUUUCCGCACUUCGUUUAUAUUGCCCAAGUUUGGGGUAAUCUGAACAACUUCCUGCACCACAUUGUCGAGCUCAACAAGUUGAGGGAGCAGUUGGAGGCUCUGGUGGUCGAUGACCUAGUGACCAUGACCAAGAACACUAUUGCCGAGCUGCAAGCCCUAAAUAAACGCAUUAAAACCCCGAAAGUCGUGACCUUUGAUGAGCGCAUGAACGCCGUUAAAGGCCUGAAAACGGACGGAAACUUCUGCAACCUGGCCAAGGCGGACAUCAAGGAGUUCUGCGGCCUGUUCAUGACCAUGACCAACGGCUUGUUGAUGCCGGCUAAAGUAAUCAGAAAAUUGUGCUCCAACAUGGAUAUAACAUUCGGCUUUCGGGAUCCGCAAUUCGCAAGGUUUGCAGAGCUCCGUUUCGAACAUUUUAUUGUCGCCUUCCGAAGUGCGGUCUUCAACAGCGCCAACCUAGCGCUUCUGUUCAAGUUAGAUGACGAACUGAUCCGCCAGGAGCUGCAAGAUCUUAUUAUCGAACCCCCCAAGCAGAUGGAUUCCGGCAACCAAACGGAGAUGGUCGUCACCAACGAUCUCUCCCCGUCGAACUGGAUCAAUGUCACAUGGAAUGUAUGGGACUACCACAGGGAAACCAUCAAGUUGGCCAACAUGCGCAAUCACCAGACCCACGAUUCCCAGACGAAAAUAAGUUAUGGUACGCGUAACGCCCAAAACCAGACCUACAACACCCGAGAGCACAUGUGAAGAGAACUACACACUUACCGCCCUUGGAUUUUCGAAGGUCGAAGAAGCCGAAAACGCGGUUCACCACAAAGUAGAUGUAGUGGUCUUGCCACGCCAGUGAAUAUAUUUCCUUCUUGUGAGGCGUACGCAGGAUGGCCUUCACCUUCAUUCGUUCCACAUCUAGGAUGCCCACCUAGAGUAUUGUUAAAUAUUUCAGAUUGCAUUAGUCUCUAAUAAAAUCAAAUUGGCACACAAAGCUUACGGUGCCAUCGAA